CUCUUUUAAGAGCUUCCUCGUACGACACUCGCAUUGGCACAACUCGUUAAGAACUCCAAGUUCAUGAAGGAACCCGAAGACUAUCUUCGGAAAGGCACCUGGGGCCAGCAGGCACCUUUUCUUAAGCCAAGACAGUGUUCUCGCAUGAUGAUUCCCGGCCGCAUUUCCAGGUGAGACCCAGGAAAGACGGAGGAGCGUACCUAAGGCUGCAUCCUACCUCUAGGCACGGCAACUUGUGGAAUCCUUGCAAACUAGGAAACAUCAACCCUAUGGAUGAGCAAAAGCUUCGAGAAGAGUAUGGCACUCCACCACCGGUUAUGCGCGGCAUCAAGACGUCACUAUCGGGUCAGGAGUAUUACUAUCGUCGGGUCGAACCUAGACCAGAGGACAUCUACUUGAUGUUGGAACCCAAAUACCCUGAUCUGGACUGCAAGAGGGAUGACAUCGAUUCAGGCCCUCGUUUCGACUUUUGGGACGAAUCAAAUGACCGCACCACAUACCAAGCUGAUAUUGCACACUUUCUACCCUUGCUCACAGAAGAGACCACAAAGGCAGAGAAGGUUGUCGGUCGACAAUCAACCAUUCCUGAGCAGUCGCUAAACUGGUGGAAGGCGCAAUGUAGGUAUCGUGGUUUGCCAAACGACGGAAGCAUACGCGACCUCCAGGCUCGUAUUCGUGGACACCCAGGUUCAGGAAUGAGCAGCAGUAUGGAAGAACUCCUUGAAAAGAUGAAGCGUCAGUAUGAGCUGAAGAAUAUAAGAGCCAUCGAAAGAAACUGGAGUAGCGCAAGUGGCGAUGAGAAGGCGAAGCAGUGGCCCAGGAGGUUCUUGUGUGAGACUCUGCUCCCCCAGACUGGUGCUGGUGAGGAUGCCAUUGCCGUGAAACUGGACGACCGGGGCCACGGUAUUCGAGAGGCUUGCCUUCAACUGGAUCUGCGUUUCCUGACGCUAUCGCCACUUGUAGAGCCACUCAUUGGGACCGACUGUAUCUUUGUGGCUGGUACUACUCGGCAAGCAGUCACUUUCAAGGCUGCCGAGAUAGAUAGAUACGCGAGACGAGCCGCUUUGAGGGCCAAUUUCACAGAAGAGGACGGGUAUGAUGAGGGAGAGGAGGAGGACGGUGAGGAGAAGGAACAGGACGAAGAAGAGGACGAAGACGAAGAAGGGGACGAAGAAGAAGAGGAGGACGAAGAAAAAGAGGAGGAGGAAGAGGGAGAAAGCAAGCAAGCGAGAACUCGCAAGGAGUUUUACACGCAAUUCAAUCUCGCCAAAUCGAAGGAAACGAAGUCGAAAGGACAGUGGGAUGUGAGUGGUACAUGGAAGGUACUUUGCCCUCACCUUGAAGAGCAGUACGGACAUAGAAGUGAUCAGGGUUGCAAUCUCGUGAUACGCCUUACUCAGCCUCGACCGGAUGGCCUAGUUCAACUAUUCGGCUUUUUCGAGUUUGUUGCACUCACUGGUGUUCUGCGGUUCGUCAAUCCAAAACCUCCUACUCUUGUCGAAGAGGAGGAGUAUACCGACUCUGAUGAGAAUGAAGUCGGUUAUGAUGAUGAUGAGUCAGAAGAGGAAGGUUCUACGCCCACACAAUUUCUCUUUUCAAAGGCUGCGCUUCCGUCUUCAAAGAAUCAGAAUGUCAGCUUUCGAUGGAGAGGCGAAGAAACUGGGGAGGGCGAAAUCCAACUUUAUUCUGACUUGGACUUGUGUUCCCUGACCUUCGAGAGUCCACACGCUUUGUCAGGCAUAUUGAGCAGCAGUUUGGCCGGCGAUUGUGAAUUUCAGGGAUUCAAAGAAGGCUUUGAUGCACCGCCAAAAAGCAAUGAAUUGAAGAGGCAAGCCAGUCCUCGUCACAUAUCAGAUCCGGGAUAUGACUGGAGCAGACUGAGUGAGGCUGCUUAUAAUCGUGCAAGACUGAGAAGAUGGGGUUAGCCCUUUGACCUUUCAGCGACAGUUGUCUCAAAGUUGUAGUAUCUCAAUGGCCGAAAAUUGCAUGCUAAUGGAAAUUCGGUGGUAUUGAUUUCAGGAAGUCAUUCCGGGUAAUCGUCGGACUUGCCAUGUGGCCGAUGAAGCUUGUAACAACGACAUCUCAUUUCUUGUAUCUUCGGAC